UGCUGCGGAGUCGCAUAUCCUUUCGUGAGUCGAGCGAUUCCACUUUCGCUACCAUUCGAAAUAGUUUUUAUUUUGCUCCGCGGCAUAAAUUGUAUAUUUUCGCUUAAAAUCCGGAAAUAAUCGUCCGCAAAGUUGUUUAGUGGCUAAAUAAAGCAGUGACCGUAGGAAAGCAACCGGUAGCGCUAUGGGAGUACCAGCAUUCUUUCGCUGGUUAUCGCGAAAGUAUCCGUCCGUCAUUGUUGAGUGCGUGGAGCAAAAGCAUGAAGAUGACCAGGGGGAAGUGUUGUAUGACGAUAUGACCAAACCGAACCCGAACAAGGUAGAGUUUGACAACCUGUACCUGGACAUGAACGGUAUCAUCCAUCCUUGUACGCAUCCGGAGGACAAACCGGCGCCCAAGGAUGAAGACGAAAUGAUGGUAGCAAUCUUUGAGUGCAUUGACCGCUUGAUGAACAUCGUACGACCGCGCAAGCUGCUCUACAUGGCCAUCGAUGGUGUCGCUCCGAGAGCUAAAAUGAAUCAACAACGCUCGCGUCGUUUCAGAGCAUCCAAGGAAGCAGCAGAAAAGGCAGCGGAGAUUCUGAAAAUCCGCGAGGACCUGAUGUCCAAGGGCUGUAUAUUGCCUCCGGAGAAGGAGAAAGGAUCCCACUUUGAUUCCAACUGUAUCACUCCGGGAACGCCCUUCAUGGAUAGGCUGAGCAGGUGCUUACAGUACUUUGUGCACGAUCGGAUGAACAACAAUCCUGGAUGGAAGGGACUGAAGGUGAUCCUGUCGGAUGCGAAUGUUCCCGGGGAAGGUGAGCACAAAAUUAUGGACUACAUUAGGAAGCAGAGAGCACAACCAGAUCACGAUCCCAAUACGCAUCACGUUCUUUGCGGAGCGGAUGCCGACUUGAUCAUGUUGGGCCUUGCUACUCACGAGACGUAUUUCACCAUUAUCAGAGAGGAGUUCCUGCCAAAUAAGGAAAGACCUUGCGACAUCUGUCAGCUGAUGGGGCACGAAAUGAAAGAUUGCUCUGGUUUACAAUCGGCAAGGGACGGUAAUAGGUCGCCACCUCCGCCAGGAAAAGAAACGCAAUUCAUUUUCGUUAGAUUGAAUGUACUGAAGGAGUACCUUGCAAAGGAACUGGACAUGCCGAACUUGCCCUUCACGUAUGACUUUGAACGCGUAAUCGACGAUUGGGUUUUUAUGUGCUUCUUCGUUGGAAACGAUUUCCUGCCGCAUUUGCCUAGUCUGGAAAUUCGGGAGAACGCAAUCGAUCGGUUAGUCACACUGUACAAAAAGUGUGUAUACAAGACAAAAGGCUACCUCACCGAUUCCGGUAGCGUCACACUGGACCGUGUUGAACUGAUUAUGACGGAUCUCGGCUACGCAGAAGACGAAAUUUUCAGAAAUCGUAAGGUCACCGAGGAUCGUUUCAAAGAACGCAACAAACGAAUGAAACUACAGAAGGAACGUGAACAACGUCCUAAUUUCGAGCAAAUGAACAAAUCGCAAUUCGCUCCGACUCCACUGGGGAGGGGAAUCACUCCGCAGGCGGUUCAGAAUCCACGACAAGAGGCGGCUCAGUUCCGGAUGAUGGGUAACAAUCAACAACAAUCCCAGCAGCAGCAGCAGCAGAACAAUUUCGGAAACGACCAAAACCGUCGUGGCCAGAAGCGCAAAGCCGAUGAACCACUCAAUCCCAAAGCUGCUGAAGAGGAAGAAACUCCCGACGAAGUCCGUCUGUGGGAGGAUGGCUUCAAAGAUCGUUACUACGAAUCAAAGUUCGAUGUUUCGCCCCAUAACAUGAAAUUCCGUUCAACAGUAGCCUUGGAAUACGUCCGGGGACUGUGUUGGGUACUUAAAUACUACUACCAAGGCUGUGCCAGUUGGGAAUGGUACUUCCCGUACCACUAUGCACCGUUUGCAUCCGAUUUCAAGGGUCUCACGCACGUCAACACUCACUUUGAUAGAGGAACUCCAUUCAAACCAUUACAGCAGCUAAUGGGAGUGUUCCCGGCGGCCAGUAGGAGCCACGUCCCACCGGCGUUCGCCGAGCUGAUGGUCGACCCAAAGUCUCCGAUCAUCGACUUUUAUCCGAUAGACUUCCACAUCGAUUUGAAUGGGAAAAAGUUCGCCUGGCAGGGUGUGGCACUGCUGCCCUUCGUCGACGAGAAGCGGCUGUUCAAGGCCACUGAUCCGAAGGUGCCGCAACUAACACACGAAGAACGACUCCGCAACGAAAACGGUCUGGCCCGAUUGUAUCUAUCUCCCGGACCGGAAGCGUACAAGAUGGUCAGAAGCUUGUACAAAGACAACGUAGAUUACGAACGCGAAGUUCCCAUUUUGGCCGAUUGUAUGAAGGGUAUCAUCAUCCCAACCAAGGAAAAUAUCCCGCAGGACGGUGUGUUACCGUCGCCCAUCCCCGGUCUGCACCCGGUGUGUGAGAACAAGGUCUUGACAAUGAAAUUCCUCGAUCCACAAUACGCGGAUGAUUUCAUCUAUCCUUCCCGUAAAUUGGAAGGAGCAAAAGAUCAACCCAAGGUGCUGGGAGCGAAUGAAGGGCCAGUGAUCGGGUUCGGACAGCGAACGAAUCGUGGAGGGUUGGGUAGUGCCGGCCAUAGGAUGAUGAACCAUUACGCUGGGAAUGGCAUGAACAAUAGAGGAGGCAGAGGCGGCGGCGGCGGUGGAGGAGGUGGCGGUGGACGCAAUGAUUACAACAAUUUCUCGAAGGGUGGAAAUUCGUCCAAUAACAGCAGCUACAACAACAGCAGCAACUACAACUCGUCUGUCGGUAGCAACAGCAGUCUAAACUUAUCGGGCAGCAACUACAGCAAUUCAAAUGCCAACUCGAAUUCGAACCGUGGUGGUGGUGGCGGUGGCGGCGGCGGCGGUGGUGGCGGAGGUAGCGGAAGCGGUGGCAAUAGUGGCAAUUUGAGCGCCUUCGAGCAGCUUAGCAGCCGUAUCAAUCAAUACCAACAGCAGGUGAUGAGUGAAAUUUCACGAAAUGCAAACAGUUCAAAUACGGUGUUGCCGAAUCCGUUCGCCAAUCAGAUCCCCUACGACUACAACAACAGCUCACGGCAAAAUAGCGGUGGGUAUCAGAACCGUGGAGGCGGCUUCCAGCAGCGUGGAAGAAACACUGGUAAUUUUGGCGGCAAUCAGUUCCAGCAGCGAAACCAAGGAGGUCAGCGGUUUAAUAACAACUUCAACAACGGAGGCGGUGGCGGUGGUGGUGGCGGUGGGGGUGGAGCUGGCGGUGGAAAUCGCUUCGGCCAGAACAACAAUGCCGGUGGCAAUCGGUUUAACAAUAACCGAAGAAAUUACUAAGGCUUGACUUUGCAGAAGGUAGAUGAAUUCGUAGCACUUAUUUGUAGCUAUUGAUGAUCAUAUUUAAGAUAACAUUUCCAUUUAAUACGAUAACAAUUCAAUAUCUGCCCAGCUAAAUAGCACCAGAGUGUUUAUUUGGCAUUGUGUGACUCUAAUAAAUAAAAAAAACAGCUAUACUAGUGUUUAAGAAUUAGUAUGGCAUUUUUCAAAGAAACUAAUUUCAUUACAAAAUUGUACCCACGUGCUCUGUGAACUUGUAUGUGUAAGGAACUAGUUUUCCUACCAGGUGAUCUAAUGAAAUUGAAUUUAAGUGAAAAUUGGUAAACUAUAUUACUUAAUUGAGUUUUAGAACAAGAAUGAAAAUUUGUUGUAGACAAUUAUUGAUUGCAGCGGAAGAAGUACACAAGAAGCUCAUAAAAAAAGAUUACAACUUGAAUAA